AUGUUGGAGGCGGCGCGGCUUCUCACUCGCGCAUUCUCCCUUGAUGCAAUGAGCCCCGUCCGCACGACGACGAUGACGCACACGUCAACAACCUUCACGGGGAGCGGCAAGGGCGGCCCGCGCACGCUCGACUACGACCCGGUGAAGAAGCGGCUCAUCACCGCGGUCCAGGGCGCCCCCGUCAUUCUGCUGGACGUGACGUCACUCAGCGCGACCCCGGGCACAACCAUAGUGGGCCUGGCGAUCGGUACGAGCACAACGCAGGGGUGUGACUUCACUGGCGCUGCGCUGGACUUGGCCAACCGGGCAGCGAACUUUGUCGGGCAGCAGUAUACGUCGUCCAAAUUCUGGAGGUUCGGGUUUGCGACGAAUGUCAGCCUGGACAACAUCCACCUGACCAGUACUUGGCCCGCCUACUCGUAUUAUAGCAGUAUAGACAGAGUUUUGUACAACCGCAUACAAGUCGCCGUCAUUCCCAAAUCCCAUAUCUACGCGGCGAGACGUCACACGGACAUGACCAUCAACCUCACCCUCACCUCCAACCAAAAGUCGCCCGGCUUCGUCGCGAAGCGCGACUACUCAGGUGCGAUGAUUACCUACCCGCUGAGUGGUGUGACGGAUAUGGUCAACGGCAUUGGAGUCGAUCUCUUCACCCGCCAGUUGUACAUGGCAACGUCGCAGCAGCUAAACACGUCUUACUUGGUGCCCUACGUAAGCUCCCCUUUGCAGCUCAUGUUGGUGUGGGCCUUUGACAGCUGCCCUGUGAAGCUAAGUAGGAAAGCGCUCACUAUAAAUCGGUCCCCUCAGGCCCGACUUGGUAUCAAACCCGGCAAGUACGGACCGUUCAGGCGGCAGCUCAUCAACGGCAACUACGGGCAGCUGCUGGGCCCCAUCUGGCUCAGCAACACCACCGACAUCGGCAUCGCGUGGCACUCCAGUUUCGCCAACCCCGGGGGGGUCGAUCUGGUCGCCUUCAAGCGCUACUCCUGCUGGAACGGCUCCACCCCCUGCGCGAGCAUUUCCCUGGGCUACUGCUCCUGCCGGGUGCCCAACACGCCCUACCCGCUCUCGUACUACCAGCCCGUACAGCUGUCUUCGUGCAUUGGGGCUACUCAGGCGAACAGCACAGCCAGCACCCCCGCUUACCCCACUUGCGAGUGGGUAAACCCCAACCCGCCCCCCGCGCCCAACCCGCCGCCCGCGAAGCCGCCUCCGCCGGAUCUCAAACCCCCACCCCCAGCAAAUUCCCCUCCACCGCCAAGAACCUUCCCGCCUCCUCCACAAGCCAACCCUCCGCCAGAUGCUUUGCCUCCUCCAGUUGCGAAUCCUCCGCCCGACGCUUUCCCCCCCCCCAACACCGCCCGCCCGCCUCCGGACACAGCCCCUCCGCCGCCUGAUGCUAACCCGCCACCCAAUUCAUACUGCGCUGCCCCCUCCACAAGCUUAUCCCCCACCCGACCCGUCAUCGCCCCCUCCAGACCCUUACCCCCCACCAGACACUUCUCCGCCUCCUCCUGA